GUCGAUAAUGGCAGAGGAGGAGCCGAUAACGAUGAGAGGAGACGGGGCGUGUUCGUCUUUUUCGUUGCUGUCAGAGGCUAGAAGGGAAAGGGAGAUGUUAGCUAUGGUUUCGGCUCUGACUCAUGUCGUAGCCGGCGAUGUCAGUGGUAAGGAGCUGCCGGAAGAUAAUGAAAACCAGGGUGGGUUUGGUUCAAGUGACAAUUCUACUUCUUCUUGGAGUUUUGGUGGGAAAAAGAGAGGAAGGAAAGAAAAAGAAAGUGGAGGUGGCGGUGACGGUGAUGGUGAUGGUGGAGGAGGGAUGACAGUAAACUCUACCGGUGUACGAGGAAUAGAUGCACAAACCACAGCACAACUCCUUCCGGCAUACGAAUACAAAAGCAUGGUUAAGUACAAAGAAGAGGGGAGAAGUAGGUAUAGGGGAGUGAGAAAGAGGCCAUGGGGCAAAUGGGCAGCCGAAAUAAGGGACCCUUAUAAGGCGGCUAGGGUUUGGUUAGGCACCUUCGACACCGCCGAGGCGGCCGCCAUGGCCUACGAUGAAGCAGCCCUUCGUUUCAGAGGCAACAAAGCCAAGCUCAACUUCCCUGAAAACGUCAAACUCAGAUCACCUCCUUCCGAACUAACGACGACCCAGUUUUCCGUUUCCGAUUCUCCCGACACCCUUUUGUCCAUUCCAACGGCCGUGGAGCCAAUCGUUCACUCUCAAUCAGAUAGCCUGGUCCUAAACCCUCCAGUUCCAUGGGGAUAUCUUGAUUAUUCUCGUCCCGGCAGUGGUUACCUUGGAAGACAAAUAGUUUCAACUUCAGUAGGUUACAAUGCACAAUCUUCUUCGUCUUCGUAUCCUCCUGUUUUACCGAUUCAAGGUGGUGGUUUUGGAUAUGUUUCGAUGCAAUCUUCGUCGUCGUAUUCUAGGCAUCCUACAACCAAUUCUAAAUAG